AUGUUUGCUUUGAAUACCUUAGUGGCGUACGCCAUCGCGUUGAUAUAUGAGAUCGUCUGGCUGGUGGAGUCGCAGAGCGGGCUGCCUGUACCAUCGGUGCUGCUCAUGGUGUGCUACUGCAUCGUCAUCGCCGCCACCGUCACGCUGGUCCAUGGACUUAUAUCAAAAAAUAACAUAUACCUGUUAGCAUGGUUGAUAGCUGUAAUAUUGGUGUUGAUCCCGGAGUGCGCUCUAGUCUUUUACAUGUCCAUUAGUCAUUGGGGUCUACAAGGGGUGUACGGCGGCGCGGAGCUGGCGUGCUACGUGGCGCGGCUGCCGGCCAUCGUAGUUGGUGUCGUGCUGGUGCAGUCUGCGUACGCGCUGAGAGAGGCCAGGAAAGCCGGCUACAGUAACGGGGCCGCGGUGAGCGGCAGCGAGUUCGACGCGAGUCACUUCGUGCCCGACACCGGGAAUGCGUUCACAAACGACGGGUUCAUGCCCGACACUGGCAAGUCGGGAUCGAUGCCGGAUCUGCGGCGGCACCUAGCCAGCCGGCAGUCCAUGAGCUACGCGCCGCCACCCGCCUACUGGCAGCACCUCGCUGAGCGGCAUUAUGCCGCUACCAUGCGUGGCCCGCCUAAGGGCUACGCGAUGCCUCAGCAGGCUUACGGCACCUGGGUGGGACCCCGCGCGGGCCCGUAUGACAAUCCCUACAAGCGGCGGCACUCCGUCGUAGGAGCCUUCGACGAGUACCCAGCCGCCGAGUUCGAUGACCGCGUCGACUGCAAGAGCGAGAUGGCGUACCCGUACUACCGGCCGUACCCUUACCAGGUGUACCCGCCGGAGUAUGACCCCAGAUUCUACCCAGAGUUCAAGAGGGAAGAGGCCGCAUACGGAGUGAACCUGCUAAGACACGAGCCCUACAGGUUUAGUGGCUCCAGAGAGCGCGUCUACUACGGCAUGAGGAACAGUCACACGUCAGUCGGGAACGAAUCAGAUGACUUGACCAAGUAUAAAGACGUGGCGCUAUGAGUAUUACGUAAGUUAGGGACGCGAUAAACUGUGUAAAAAGCUAUUCGAUUCAUUAGUUAGCGAUGCAGUUACAAAAUAUGGGAAUGUACAAGGUUUUUUGAAGUGUGAAGGUCAACCGAAAUAGUCUCUGUGAGAUAUGAGCUAUGGGGUACUGCUGGUACGAAGUGCUGGACGUUUCCAUCCAGUUAAACUAAGCCAACUUUCGUUUUUUUUCUCUCAUUUUAUGUACCUACCAUUUUCUAUACCACCUAUUUUCUGUUGUAAAAAUUUGUCAUAUGAAAAAAUUUUUCAGAUGUAAGUACCUAGUAAAAUAGCUUCAAUGGAUAGUCUAGCAAAACAAUCUCAAGCACAUUUUCUUCGCAUUAAUAAGAUUUCAA